AUAAGCAGAGCUGAGCUGUCACCCCGGACCCCAUCUAUCUCGAACCUGCCACUACAGACUGCACCGCUACUCCACAUCCUACACCUAGACAUAUUUCUCACUACUGCCACCUCAACUCGAGGACUGCCUGCGCAAUGGAGGCCAAGACAGCUUCAACGGACCCCAAGCUGGGGACCCCCGAGACUAGUCAGCCACAGCUCCAGGCUGGUGGAGGCACCGCCACCGCAGCCACCAAAGCUCGCGAGGUCGACUUCCUCUCGCCGCUCGCCGUGAAGUACCUGCGCGCCAUCUACGACGAGAUAUCGACGCGCCACAACCUGGCCACGCCCGAGGGCCAGAUCCAAUGGCUGACCCAGGAACAGCAGUGCUCGGGCGAGGAUGCCCUGCUGCUCGGGGACGGCUCGUUCUCGCACUUCGCCGACUACUUCCUCUCGGGCUCCGCAAACGUCAUGGGCCCGCCCCCUGCUCUCGACGAAUCGUACCCGCUGUCCAACUACUUUAUCUCGUCCAGCCACAACACAUAUCUGACCGGCAACCAGCUGUCGAGCGAGUCGAGCACCGAUGCCUACAAGAACGUACUGCUUAGGGGCUGCCGCUGCGUCGAGAUCGAUGUCUGGGACGGCGACCCGCCCUCGAGCUCGAGCUCCGAGGACGAGGCUGAGCGCGUGGGCCAGGCAAAGGUGCCCAGGGAGAAGUCGAAGCUGGGCAUCCGCGAGAGACUGGCUAUGCGUCUGAGGGGGAAGUCGGUCGGCAAAGACGGCGAGCCGAAGAAGGAGGACGCUGCACCCGCACACAGUGGAGAGGAGCGAGUGACGCCUUGGCGGGGGGAUGUUACCUACCGAGCGGAGCCCAAGGUUUACCACGGCUACACGCUGACGAGCGAGAUGCCGUUCCGCGAAGUGUGCGCUACUAUCCGCGACUACGCCUUCGCGGCCUCGAGCCUGCCUCUCAUUGUCAGUCUCGAAGUCCACGCCGGCCCGGAACAGCAAGAGAUCAUGGUCGAGCUCAUGACCGAGUAUUGGAGAAACAUGCUUGUUGACAUUCCCCUCGACCCCGCCCAGCCUCUGGAGACCACCGCCCUGCCUACCUUGAAGGAGCUCGAGCGCAAGAUCCUCGUCAAAGUAAAGCGCGGCCACUCCAAGCCCGCUCUGAUCCCGACAUCGAACCCCACGACACUGCAGGCACCUGCAGCAGAGCUCCAGAAGACCGACAGUGCAAACUCGGUCGCUUCGUCGGCAUCAGACGAUGAGCUGCCUGACGGACAGAAGAAGCCACCGAAGGCGAAGGUCAUCGAUUCGCUAGCCAGACUCGGUGUGUAUUGCGGAGGCUACUCCUACAAGAGUCUUUCCGCACCCGAAGCCAGCAUACCGACCCACGUCUUCUCGCUGUCCGAGAAGACACUCAUGGAGGUGCACGAAACGGAAACUGAGGCCCUGUUCCAACAUAACAAGCAUUAUUUCAUGCGCGCAUACCCAAAGGGGCUGCGUAUCAACUCGGGCAACCUCAAUCCCUCCGUCUUCUGGCGCGCUGGUGUGCAGAUUGUAGCUCUCAACUGGCAGCGCUGGGACGGCGGCAUGAUGCAGAACGAGGCCAUGUUUGCUGGCACAGGCGGUUGGGUGCUCAAACCAGAAGGGUACCGCAGCGUCAGCAACGCCGCUACGCAGAAGCACGCCAUCGCACACCACAAACUCGACCUCAGCAUCGAGUUUCUCGCCGGCCAGAACAUUCCGCUGCCGCCUGAGGAAGAGGACCCCGAGGACUUCAAGCCGUACAUCAAGGUCGAGCUGCACGUCGAAAAGUACGAAGAGCGCGAGGGCGAACCGAUCCCCGGAAACGGAAGAGGCAGCAAGGCCGAGUACAAAAAGAAGACGCGGACGUACAGGACUACGGAUCCUGACUUUGCGCGGGAGGUCGUCAGCUUCAACGGCGUGUAUGGCGUCACAGAGGAGUUGACCUUUGUCAGGUAAGCCCAGUUUUUGAUAGCUGUUCUGCCUCUCUUUCUCUUAUUUGUCGGCCUUUCCACCCGGAGUCUAG